GCGGGUGGUGUCGACGUCAGCACGCAGGGGGACGGCUGCUGUUGCUAGGUGAUGUCAGCGCGCCGGUUGACGUAGCGACGGCGACGGAGCAGGGGGUGGGGGCCUUGUCGGCGGCGGGGCUGGAAAUGAUACAGUUGUUGCUGCGUAGCUGGAUGUCACUGAAUCACGUUUCUAUGAGCUUGCUGUUCGAUCUGUCUGUUCAGCAUGGCAAAGAACCCUAAUUUUCAGGAAGCUGGCCAUCUGCCUGCAGGCUAUGUCCACUGUAGGUCUUCAGACAGCUUUACUGGCUACCAAUAUCACCAUCCCUCCAAGAUGAGUAACAGCCAUCCCCUUCGUCCUUACACAGCUGUGGGUGAGAUUGACCAUGUUCACAUUCUGUCAGAGCAUAUUGGUGCUCUAAUGAAUGGGGAAGAAUACAGUGACGUUACCUUUAUUGUAGAAAAGAAACGUUUUCCGGCACACAGGGUGAUCCUGGCUGCUAGGUGCCAUUAUUUCAGAGCGUUACUGUAUGGUGGAAUGAGAGAAUCUCAGCCCGAAGCUGAAAUUCCUCUUCAGGACACCACCGCAGAAGCAUUUACCAUGCUGUUGAAAUAUAUUUACACUGGUCGUGCUACACUACGAGAUGAGAAAGAGGAGGUUCUACUUGACUUCCUCAGCCUAGCACAUAAAUACGGGUUCCCAGAACUGGAGGAUUCAACAUCUGAGUAUCUUUGCACAAUACUUAAUAUUCAGAAUGUCUGUAUGACAUUUGAUGUUGCCAGUCUUUAUUCCCUUCCCAAAUUAACUUGUAUGUGCUGUAUGUUCAUGGAUAGAAAUGCCCAAGAGGUGCUCUCCAGCGAAGGCUUCUUGUCACUUUCUAAGGCUGCUCUUUUAAGUAUCGUACUGAGGGACUCAUUUGCAGCUCCUGAGAAGGACAUUUUCCAAGCUUUGAUGAAUUGGUGUAAACAUAACCCCAAGGAAAACCAUGCUGAAAUCAUGCAAUCAGUACGUUUACCACUAAUGAGCCUAACAGAACUAUUAAAUGUUGUAAGACCUUCUGGAUUGUUGUCACCUGAUGCCAUCCUAGAUGCCAUUAAGAUUCGUUCAGAGAGUCGGGACAUGGACCUCAACUACAGGGGCAUGUUAAUACCAGGGGAGAAUAUUGCAACAAUGAAGUAUGGAGCACAAGUUGUAAAAGGGGAGCUGAAGUCUGCUUUGUUAGAUGGGGAUACUCAGAACUAUGAUUUGGAUCAUGGCUUCUCUCGACACCCAAUUGAUGACGACUGCCGCUCUGGAAUUGAAAUUAAACUAGGCCAGCCGUCAAUAAUCAACCACAUACGAAUACUGCUGUGGGACAGAGAUAGCCGGUCUUAUUCCUACUACAUUGAGGUGUCCAUGGAUGAGUUAGACUGGAUUCGGGUUAUCGAUCACUCUAAAUACCUCUGUCGGUCCUGGCAGAACCUGUAUUUUCCUGCCCGUGUCUGCAGGUAUAUUCGAAUUGUUGGGACCCACAACACAGUGAACAAAGUUUUCCACAUUGUGGCAUUUGAAUGCAUGUUCACAAACAAAACCUUUACUCUUGAGAAAGGUCUGAUAGUUCCCACUGAAAAUGUUGCAACAAUUGCAGACUGUGCGAGUGUGAUUGAGGGUGUAAGUCGCAGUCGCAACGCCUUACUGAAUGGAGACACAAAAAACUAUGAUUGGGAUUCUGGGUACACGUGCCAUCAGCUUGGGAGUGGAGCAAUUGUAGUACAGUUGGCACAGCCCUACAUGAUUGGAUCAAUACGGUUGCUUCUUUGGGACUGUGAUGAUCGGAGCUACAGCUACUACAUUGAGGUUUCAACAAAUCAGCAGCAAUGGACUAUGGUGGCCGAUCGCACAAAAAUUUCCUGCAAAUCCUGGCAAACAAUCACUUUUGAUAAACAGCCUGCAUCUUUUAUCAGAAUAGUCGGAACGCACAACACAGCUAAUGAGGUGUUUCACUGUGUGCAUUUUGAGUGCCCAGCACAAAACAGUACCCACAAGGAUGAGAGUAGUAAGGAAGUGGCAGCAACAGAGGUCGGGACUGGUGGACAACAGCUUGUUUCUCGCCCUGUUCGAGCUGCAAGCACUAGUUCCCUGCAUUCCCCUCCUGGAUCCACCUCGCGUUCACAUGCUCACCAGCCAUAAAGGAGAUUGAAAAGUGGUUUUAGCACCCCUGCUGGUGUUACAUAGAAUGAUACUCGGAACCUUCUUGUGCUGGCACCUUUUCUUCUUUCUCUCUUUGAACAAAGGGGACCAUGUCUGAAAGCUGGAAAUGCUGAAAUGGAAAAGGCUUUUCCCAAGGACAUGAAGAGUCUGCUUCACUCUCCUCAAUUGGUUCAAAUCAGGCUGGUCUCCGAGGGGGGAGAAAAUAGGUCUUCAAUCUUCAUCAAGUAUCCCAUUAACACCCUACCUCUCUAAUCUAACCAAGGCAAGGAGAACAGAAGAAAAAAAAAAAGGCAGAGCUACAGUGGAAAUCUUAAAUGACUCAAGCAGAAUGAAAGGUAUAUAAGUAUUUGUUCCCUGAAGGCUCCCAUUAGCAAAGAGAAUGUUUUGGAACACAUCAGUCCAGAAUAUGUUAUUUUUAAAAGUUAUUCUUCAUUCACAUUCUUUGUAACUAGUAAUCUGUUUCCUAAAUUGUUUUGACUCUGUAUUACACUAUGUCUCUUAUUUUUGGCUGUAGCAAAUGCUGUGCAGUAGAUUAAGGAAGUAUCAAACAUGUUUACCUGCUGAGAUGAAAAUUCCCUCAUUCAUCAGUGGGAUGACAAGAAAAGCCUUCAUGAUAUCAACAAACUAAUUAAUGAAUGCUGUAUUAGUCUUGACCUUAGUUGACUUGUCAAAGUACAAAAUUGUCAUUUAUUACACUCAAAAGGGGAAUUCCUAAUUCAGGCAUCUACCUUGAAGAAAAAUGUAGUUUCUGUUCCUGAAGAUGAUUAGUUAAAUUUUAUCUGUAUUUCCAAGAAAACUUGCACCAGAUCAUCAAAAAUGGUUUAGAAAAGCGGAACUGCAACUGGUCACUGACAGGCAGUUGUUCAAACAUAAAAAGAAGAAUUUGCAGAUAACUUUUUUUUUCUAAGUAAAAAAUGUUGUACAAUCUAAAGCUGAAAAUUCAUAUGUGCGUAUGUGCACAAACCUUUCACAUAAUCUUCAUAAAAUAUGAUGCUUUACGCAGCAUUGUAAAAGAUCUGGCUUUUACUUUGCAAUCACAGAAUUUGUUAUCCAUCUGUGUCUGUCUGGAUUACACUACCUGCUACUUUGCUUAUUUUAAGCAUUUCCACAUUGAUGAUGAUGCAGUCUCUUACUCUCCAGAUCCAUGUGGCUUUUCGGAAGAGCUCCAUUCCAGUCUUUCAGUAUGGGAUAAAGUGAUUUUGUAUUAAGACAAACACUGAUAUAAUUGGUUAAAUUGAUUAGGAGGGCUGUUGCUCCUCACAAAGCAUAUUAUAUUGGAAAUGUCAGCCAUCCAGUUUUAUGAACUUGGAAUUUCUUGUGGUGACAAAUAGCCUUGUCAGAAGAAAACAAAGCUAGUGUAGGAUAAAUAUGGUUUUCCUUUGCAUAACCAUAGUGAUAAAGUGAGUUUUAUCAACAUAGGAAAUAGUAUGUUAAUUUAUCACACUAGUUAAUUUGAAAGAAUUUCCCUGUUGGAUACUGGUUGUGCAAAACCAGAAAGAAAUAUAACAAGUGGUAGCAAUGAAUCAGUAGAAACUUCAGAGGAGAAAAGCUUCCUUUUUCAUGAUUCAAAUAGAAUUGAUUAGGCUUUAUCAAUAAUAAUAUACUAUUUCUCAUUGCCAAAUUGCAGUUGAGUUCUAACAUUUGCAUGCCGUCCCCUCCCCGUUGCUGUCUCUUCUGACUUGUGAAUGUCUGUCAGUGAAGAUGCAUGCCCACUGCAUUACAGAUAGCUUAGAAUAUUUGCCACAGCAGCCUCAGGCACUCUGGAGUUCCGAGGCAGGAUACUGCUCAUCCCAGCUAGCACCUAGUCUAGGGUGCUGAUUACCUUAUGGCUUCACAGCCUUUAGAGCAUGAAAUAGUUGAGACCAGUUACAGGGGACACAACUCUUGUUUAAAUGUAGGUCAAAAAAAAUUGGAUUUUUUUUUUUUUUUUUUUACUUCCUUAGAAAAGCGUUCUGGCUUUACUUUCCAGUUCUGGUUGUAAUCCAUGCUAAAAGUACUAUGAAGCAUGGAGCAUGUCUUGUCAUUGAUAGAUAAGUUCUUCCAUGUUAGUGGUGGUAUUUCUUUGCAGUUUGAGCAAAGGGCAUAACUUCCUAGCUCUGAGUCUUUAGUAGUCACCAUUAUAGACCGUUUAAAAAAAUAAAUAAGAUUUUAAUAAGUUAGUGCCAGCUGUUCUGAGUCCAGGCUUUUGGAGAAAGAACAGGAUUUUCAGCUUGUAAUCUUUUUGCAGAAUUCAUUUUUAUGAUAAAAAUAAGUCUUGUAGACUGUAACCUACUGCAAGUCUUUUUGAUGUUGUCAUAUGACUCACUGUUGUACUGAAAUGUCUGUUUAUUUCCCAUAACGUUCACCUUCUGCUUAGAAUCUGAGGCAACAGAUCUGAGCAAUUCCCAAAGCAAAAGUUAUCAAGUACUACAGACCUUCCAGUCCCCACAAAAUCAAUCACAACUUAAAAACUUUGCAUUGUCCCUUUAUACAGGUGAAUAUAAAUUUUUAGUAUUAGUCUGAUUCUCAGUCACACAUGGCCUUUCUUAAUGUCUUUAUUUUCUUCUGUUCUUCUCAGAAUCUGUAACUGGGGUGAGUCCAAUGUGAUCACAGAGCUCCCAGGCAUUUAAGACAGACUUCAUGUUUUCUAGUGGGAAUCCUUUACCUUUUUAUUCAGAGAAAUAAUGUUGAAAUGUUUAAGGGAUCUGAACUGCUGUUGGUCUUCUAUCACUGUCCUCCAGCAAACACCCCUAAUAUCUGUAUUGCCUAAAAGAGGUCUCUCAAACAUUGUGUCAGCAGCAUAUUACUAGUGGCAAAGGAAGAUACCACAUAGAACUAAUUAGUGGUUUGAUGUGAAUGUUCUCAUUCUUUCUAAUUAUUGUCUGUAUUUACUGCCUCCUGAUUUCAUAUGUGGUUCUUGUAUAUUCCUCUGAAAUACUUUUUUUUUUCUUCAGUGGAAGUUGUGCUGUUACAGCUUUAUAGCAGAGUUUAUCAGAGUGAUGAAAUACUAUAAUUAUUCAGAACUGUUAUCACUCAUGUUUUAUUUCAACAGGUGUAGAGCAGAACUGACCAGGUAUUCAUUGCUUUCUAAGUCAGAAACUAUAAAGUAGACUUGCUGCUAGAUUUCUGCAUAAAGGAACUAACUAUAUUGUCACUACUGAGCCAUUAUUUCUAUUUAAUACUUCACUAUCUUUAAAUUCCACUGGACUCAUUUUCUCAGUUUUUCUUCCAUAGGUUGAAUUCAGACAGACUCAACUCAUGGAGCUCAGUAAAGCUCUUUUUAAAGUAUCUUUAUUUAAUUAAUUUAUUCCAAGUGCAUGUAAAAGAUUUUUAUUCAUGGAAAUGUACAGCCAAACGUAUCUGGGAAAAUUAAUUUCUGAAAUGAGCAAAAACUGUGCAGCCAUUGCCAAUCAGCUCUAGACCAAACUCAAAUGGCAUGUUAAAUGGAGCUACAAUGAGCAAAGUUAAUCCAUGUCUAAUGUAAAAGACAAUACAGAGGAGGAAUCACCCAUUUUGUUAGAGAAGGAAUGGUUCUUUGUUGCCAUUCUCUUCUUUCAGAGCUCAAUUUCUUUUUUUCCUCAUGAAAAUCAGUUUUUCUUGUUUAUUAUGACAAGCUCAGUGCUUCACAGUAUUGCUGAAAAAUUCAAAUGAAUUUAAUGCAUCUUCAAUUUUACUAAUGAUAACAUUAAAUUAGAGAGUUUUCAGUUUAGUAUCUGAUUUGAUGAGCUGGUUUCCAUGAAAGAAAGUGAGAGAUGUCCAUAAUUGUGCCACUCUAAGUAAAUUAAGUUUUUCAACCAAAUGCAUGCGAGCAUCUACUCAUUAUUCAGUGAUGUAUUGUUCAUUUAGAAGAGUCAGUAUGAAAAUUAGAAGACAAAGUUAAUGCUGUUCUUGUCUGUUUUGUGUUAGUGGUUCUGGUUAUACAGUGAUGCUCACUCAGAGACGCUCGAUAAGGAAUUAGAUGUGAUUUCACAGAAAGUAGACCUUGCAUUUCUCUAUGAAAGUAUUAAUUGGCUUAGAUUUUGACAGGUGUGUAAAUACACUGUCAAAUGGACAAGUGAAUGCAUUGGUAAUUUUACUAUUUGUAGUCAGCAAAUAAUCAGAGCCAGAAAGAGUUAAUGUGUUCAAGAGUAAACAUUUUAUGCCAGAGGACUAAACCAUGCUUCAGAAAUAAUAAUUUCUAGAACCCAGAGGAUGCUUGAGGCAUGGUUCCCGUUUCUGUUAAUGGUGUAUUUAGGUUAGAAUCCUUAGUUCUUUUUGAACUCAUUGUUGUCAGUUGAACUAGCUAAAUGAGACAUAUAUAUAUAUAUGUAUGUAUAUGUAUAAGCUCCACAAAGCUUUGCUCAGGAUUCAGAAAAAAGUCCUGUGUCAAGUUUUAGGUGUACCUAAAUGUUCAUAUAUAUGCAUAUGUUAAAUUAAGCUAGUAGCUAAUUAUUUGGCUUGAAUUUAGAAUAGCUUCUAAGGCUCCAAAACUGGGAAAAAAAAAAAAAAUUCCAUGCAGGCAGGUGUGAAGUGCUGCUGUUGUGGAAUGCUGACUGUAUUUGAUGUUUGCUUAAAAAAUGCAAAUGUCUAAACAAGGUAUGGGUGAGCAAGUCCAAAGCUGGGUUUUGCCCAGUUGUUAUUUGACUAUAGAGAGUUGUAUAAAAUAGAGCAAGUUAAAUGCUCAUCUUAAAGAGGUGCAGUCCAGAGAACACACCUGUAUUCCUCCUAGCUACCUUGUAUGCUAUGGCUUGCAGUGCUUACAAAGUGAGCCUUCAUAGGAUUUUUGUUUCCUGCUGAAAAAAACCUGCAGACUUUUUGUUGGCCCUUCACAAGUUUUCAUUGCAAAGCUUUGGCUGAAGUAAUGUCAAAGUCCCACCCAUAUUCCAUGAUGGGAUCUGCAUCUGUGUUUAAUUUUGAAAAUGUUUACUAGAAAAAUAGUUUUAAACUGCAACUUUUCUUAAAUAAACCAAGACCAAACUAAAAACAGUAGUCUAAUACGAGGAAACUACAGGUAUUUAGCAAUAGAGUGACUUCCAGUACAACUACAUACCAGCUUUAUAAUACUGUGUUUAGUUGCUAUGAUGCAUACAAAUGGUGGAAGUGAAGAAUCAGUUCUGCCCACGCUUGGCAUCAGACAUUAUUACCCAGCCAGACAUAACAGCAUUACUUCUUUUCCUUUUUCUUCCAGCCUAAUAGAAGAGUUCAGCUCAGUGUUCUGAAAAAAACUGUAAUUGAUUCAUUACAUCAUGGAAGUUCAGAUCACUUUGGCUAAAAUCUGAAUGAGUGGCAGCUUAUCCCUACAAAGGUGUAAAUAUGCCUCUCCAAUGCUUCCAGCUACUUUAGGUCCUGGGCUAUUGUAGAGGAGGAGAGCUGCACUGUUGGUAGAACAUAAAAUAUUUUCCUCAUUAGAACUUUUGCUCACAUAUUUCGUAUUUAUCAUGUUGUCACAUCUAUUCUAUUGAUGCAGAUACUCAUCCAUUAGAUAAAAGAAAGUUAACCCAGUUUCUCAUGAUUUUCAGAAUUACCCAGUGACUCCUGAAAACUGGCAGAUAUACAUCAACCACCUCAGUCUAUAUUAAGUAGUCUGAGGAAUUUACAAAACUGACCUGUAUGGUCUUUUACAGCAAAUACUGUGUCAAAAAAAUACCAGGUGACUUCUAUAAUACCAAGUAAGUUGGUCGGUAGUACUGUUCAGAUGGGGGUUUGUGCAUCUAAAACUAUGUGCCACGUAAUCCAAGUGAAUAGUUACCACAUCUUCUUUCUGUAGAGAAAGCAGGGAGCUUGCACACCUGCCAGAAACACACAGGAAAUCACUUUUGGUCUAUAUCACUUUGCCACAUCUGUUGUCUCUGUACUCCUGAGCUAUAGUUACUAGGUGAUCUAUGGUUAAUACUUACAAUGUGAUAAAUGUGUUUAACAGUAGACGUUAAGUCUGUACGUAAAAAUUUUAGAUUGUGCUUUUGAAGCAUGGUCAGGCCACAGAAUUGGGGUUUUGGCAUCUUCUGUAGCUGUCUGUUAGGGGUUUUAAGUUAUUUUCAGUUGCUAAGAUAUAGUAGAAUUCUUCACAGCAAUUUCUCACAGAGAUUUGUCAUGCUGAGAAACAGCUUUUGAAACAAUCAGGUCGGGUUCAUUGCUGGAGAAUAGGGGCAGAUUUCUGCUUUCUGCAGGUCAGGAUCCUGUUUUGGUCAUUCUGUAAGUUUGUUUAUGCCAUUUUUAAUAAUAAGGGCAUUGGUGUUGCAUGGUUUGGAUCUGUUUCAGGAAUUACGUCACUGAUUUUGAGAGGCAAAUCCUUCAAGUGAAUGCUUUUAUGCAAUAAUAUGUUUAUGGAACUUAGAUGACUAGAUUAGAAAUGUAUCACAGGAAGAGCUGGAGUUGCAAGGAAUCAUUUGGGUGAAAGACUAUGUAUGCACAAUGUAUGUGUUACCUAAAUUGAAGUGACUGUUUGCAGAGGUGUAUUUCUACAUGUCCUUUUUUUUAAUGUAGGAAAUUUUGUUAAGGAAUCUAGCACUCAUCUGCAUGGGCAGCGCUAAAAACAAACAAAAAAAAAGGGCAGGCAGAGAGGUCAGGAGCAAGGCUUUAGUGGUUUUUAUAGGAAGAGAAACACAAAGAAAUGAUUCUUGGGGUCUGAGCUAGUUCUGUUUGUCUCCAGUCUUCACAGCUCUUCAUUUUUACUACAUGCUUCCUCCAGUCUUCUUGUUAUUUCCUUUCUUUUUCUCUCUACCUAGCAUCAUAGCACUGUUGCUGUGGUGUUCCCUGGAACUUUCCUCCAAAUUAUAAUUUAUUAAUGAUUUGGGUUUAGUUUAUUUUUACCUCUGUCAAAUCCUGAAUAAAAUAUCCUCAGCCCCGUUCAUUCACAUCAGACUUUAAAGGCAACAACCACUAGACUGUCAAGUGCUGGUGAGCAAAAUUUAAAUUUGGCUGUCUGUUGAUAUGGGAAAUAGUAGCCCUUUUGGAGCUUGUGCUUUCAUAAUCUCUUUGCAGUCUGUUUGUUACCCUGAAGAAAAAAAUCAGUAAGAGGUUUUAAGUAGCAGGACAGACUUUGUGCAGACUUACGUAAGUUAAAUUCACAUAUAAAUUCGGCACCCAUGUCCAUUAACCCUCUCCAAUACCUUGUAAAUUUUUCUUUCCUUUCUGCUUUGCUCAAUUUCAUUAUUAUCAUUGGUUUUCUUUCCAAAGUGAAUGUUACUUCAUGAAGUUACAUGUUACUUCAGAGGUCAUAAAUUAAAUAGAAGGAGCCAGGCUAAAAGUUCAGCAUUUAAUGAACUUUUUCAUUCAUUCAUUUAUCUCAGUGCUCUCCUUUCUUGACGAACAGUAGUUUAUACAGUUGCAUUCCCCUUCUGUGUAGCAAUUAUCAUUGCACCUUGAAAGUUCUGUGCAUUACAUCCCUUUCCUUCUUUCUCAUAUUUACUAAGCAUAGAGUGGUUCUAAACUACCUCAGACCUUGUUGUGAACAGGUACAAGUUUCAGCUAAAGUUUUCAGACUGUUGUAGUCUUUGAAUGUUGUUUAGGUGCAUGUGUAUGUAGUGAAAAUAACCUGCCAAACCCUGACUGCAUUUUCAGGAAUACCUUCUCAGUGAGGUGUGUAGCUGGGAUGAAUUCACAGCUAUGCCCAUUCAGGCUCGUACUGAUAUCUCUUUCAAGAAAACCUUUUCAGGAGCGCAACUUCUGUUAUGGGUAGUGCUUCAACUUUCUGGUCUCAGCUCCUUGAAGGAACAUGAUACUGCCUGCACUGGACUACUUUCACUUCUCUUUUGCCAUGACAGCCCUCAUAAAAAUUGCAUUGUCAGAACUCUGUUCCUGGCUGUUAGCAGGAGCUGAGCUAUUGUAUUGGACUGUGCUCAUCAUAGGAGAAUAAACCCCACCUGCAUGUUCUGAUGACCUUGGUAACAUUUUAUUCCACAACAGAUAUGCACUGCCAACCAUUUGGGCUAAUUCGGUUUCAGGUAAAAUGAUGGUUGCAGGUUGUGCUGCAGUGAUCUGAUCAGUAGCUUUGGGAAUUGUCUGGUUUUGUAAGUUACCCAUUGAACAACCCGGCAAACCCUGUUAGUACCGAUUUCCUUUUCACCAGCAGAUGUGCACAUCAUCAAAUGAGUAUUUUGUAAUGUAGAGUUUUCUAAUGAGCAUCUAAAAAAAGAAACAUCACAAUUAUAACCUUAGUAACAAUGUGUGCAUGUGUAAUAAAAGUUAUAGAAUUAUUAAACAACUAUAUUCUGUGCAUGCUCUAAUAUUGUAUAAUAAGUUGAUAAGCAGAGGGUUCUGGAAAGCAAGGAAGGCUGGCUCUGGAUUUUUCUGUUAAGGGUUUCAAAGAGCAGCAUGCCAGAGCAGAUGCAGGACCAGACAAUGCUCAAAGAAUCAUAAAGUGAAACUGUUGUGCUUUGUAUUUAUUUCUUGGGGGAGUUUUCUUUAAAGUAUUUCACUUCACAGGAAAAUAUAUUUAAAAUAGUGACAAUUAGAAGUGCACCUUUUCAUGAAUGAGAGGGGUGUGAUUUGAGAAAUAAAGUGAUCCUUUGUGUCUAA